AUGUUCGGCUCCUCCAGCGCCCGGAGGAUGCCGUGUGCCCUGCCACGCGCGCGGAGGCGGAGCGCCGCGUGCGCGCAGAGCUUCAAGCACGGCUCAAGGAGGAAGAACCUAGUCUCGCCAAGACUCCUAUGGUGGUGCCGGCUCGCAUCAAGGCCUCCAAGCUGGAAUGCGAGCGCUUGGCCCGGCAGCAGCUGCAACAGCUCCUGGAGGAGUGAAGGAAAGUUGCUGGAAGUUGAGAGGACCAAAGCGGAGCAGCAGAAGGCCAAGGAGGAGGCCAAAGCGAAGGCAAAGUGUGAGGCGGAGGUCAAGGCCAAGGAAGAUGCGAAGAAGAAAGAGGAGGCGAAGGCCAGGGCCAAGGCCAAGGCGGAGGCCAAGGCCAAAGCCGAGCGGGCCAAAGCCAAGGCGCGCCCAGAGGAGGCAAAGGCGGACCCAAAGAAGCUGAAGGUGCCGCCUGCUCCAGGCACGGGGUCAGCGUCAAGCAGGAGGGCGGCCAAUCGAGGUCACCGUCGGCUGAUCGGGUCAAGGCAGAGCCCAAGAAGCCUGCGAAGGCUUCCGCGGCGAAGGCCAAGGCGGCGCCGGCGGCUACUACAGGUGGGCAAUUCAGGCGAUUCGAUGGACAACGUCACGGAAUCCUUCGUUGAGGUUGGAGUGAUAUUGUGCCAAUAUGCAAGCAAGGAGGCGCCGGCCCCGGAGUCUCGAGGCACAGGGCACACCGAAGAGCACACCGAAGGGCCAUCUCAGCAGAUCAUGGCUGCCUACCUCAACGGCCCGGAUAAAAGAGGUUCUGGCGUCAUUUUCCCUCUCUUCGAGGAUGAGUACAGCUGGGACCCGGCGUUGCGCAUUGUCCUCUACUUGAUGGGCCUUGGCUACCUCUUCUGUGGCAUCGGCGUAGUCUCCGACAUCUUUAUGAACUCCAUCGAAGAGAUCACGUCCAAAACGGCGAAGAAGAUGAACCCAUCGACCGGAGAUUUUGUGAGAGUCAAGGUGUGGAACGCCACCGUGGCCAACCUCACGCUGAUGGCUCUCGGCAGCUCUGCGCCGGAGAUCCUUUUGAGUAUCAUCGAGCUCAUUGGGAAUGGCAUGUACAGCGGCGAGCUUGGGCCCUCCACCAUCGUAGGGAGCGCGGCCUUCAACCUCCUUUGCAUCAUCGCGGUGUGCAUUUGCGCCAUCCCUGCAGGGGAGGUACGCAAGAUCAAGGAGGUGCCCGUGUUUGUCGUCACCACCUGCUUCUCCAUCUUCGCGUACGUGUGGCUGCUUUUCAUCCUUCUGGUCACCAGCCCCCACAUCGUGGAGAUCUGGGAAGGGGUCCUGACCUUCAUCUUCUUCUGGAUGCUUAUCCUAAUUGCCUACAUGGCUGACCGGGGCUACUUCGGCUGCCGCUCGGAGGAGGAAGAGGAGGAGGAGAUCCCGCGGCGCGGGCGGAUCAUCAGUGCAGAGAUCAGCGAGGAGGACCUGGCGAAGAUUCAGAGCCAGCUCCUCCAGGUUCAUGGGCACCACCUCACAGAGGAAGAGGUGGUUCAGCUCAUCGAGGUGGAGCGGCAACAGGCCAAAGCGGAAGGUCUCAAGAAGGAGGGCACCAAGGAUAUGCGGAAGGUGGCGCCAGUGGACGUUGAGAGCCAGGUGUCCCAGUCCAUCAGCAGCAAAGGUCCGGAGAAGGAAGAGCCAAAGGAACCGAAGGCGCCGAGCUUCCAAUUCGCCUAUGAGAAGAUCGGCAUCGUGGUGCCGGACUGCACGGUCUUCGUGCGUGUCCGGCGGUUGCCCGGACCGGACGAUGGCGAGGCCUCGGUGCGGUAUCAAACGCGGCCAGGCCGUGCCAAGAAGGACGAGGACUACACGCACGCGGAAGCGGUGGCGGUGGUGGUGGUGGCGCUGGUGGUGGUGGUGAGGGUGGUGGUGGUAUAG